ACUCAUAUUUGAACAACAGCUACAGGUAGCAUCGAGUAUUUGGAGGUUUUACACUAUAGCAACUUUUGAAGACAUUUUAAACUCGAUUUCAAAUUGUGUCCUGCAGUCAUGGCACCGAUUCUACUAAACUGUAUGGGGAAUGACCACAAUGAGUAUAUCAAACAACAGGUCCAAGUAAAAAAUCCCUACUUGGACACCAUGGAAGAGGACAUUCUCUACCACUUCAGCUUGAGCACCAAGACUCACAACCUUCCAGAAAUGUUUGGAGAUAUUAAGUUUGUGUGUGUUGGUGGCAGCGCAAAUCGCAUGAAGGCUUUUGCCCAGUUCAUCCACCAGGAGCUGAAACUACCUGGAAACCCAGAGGAAAUCAGAGAUAUCUGUGAGGGAACUGAUCGAUACUGCAUGUACAAAGUGGGACCAGUGCUGUCUAUAAGUCAUGGCAUGGGUGUCCCUUCCAUCUCCAUCAUGCUGCAUGAGCUCAUCAAACUGCUGCACCAUGCCCAGUGUCGCGACGUGAUCCUCUUUCGCCUUGGAACAUCUGGUGGAGUCGGUCUGGCUCCAGGGACGGUGGUGAUCACAGAUAAAGCAGUGGACUACUCUUUCCGCCCCCAGUUUGAGCAGGUGGUUCUGGGUAAAGUUAUAACCAGGAGUACUGAAUUGGACGAGGGAGUGGCCAGUGAGCUUCUGCAGUGCUCCUCUGAGCUUCAAAAUGUUCCAUCAGUGGUGGGAAACACCAUGUGCACCCAUGACUUCUAUGAAGGUCAAGGCCGACUUGAUGGGGCUCUCUGCUCCUUCUCUCAAGAAGAAAAACUGGAGUAUCUGAGGAAAGCUUAUGAAGCUGGAGUGAGGAAUAUUGAAAUGGAGUCCACAGUAUUUGCUGCCAUGUGUCGUGUCUGUGGCCUCAAAGCGGCUGUGGUCUGCGUUACAUUGCUGAACCGCUUUGAGGGAGACCAGAUCACUGCCCCUCAUGAUGUUCUGGUGGAGUACCAGCAGAGACCUCAAGUCUUGGUGUCCCACUUCAUCAAGAAACGCCUGGGACAAAUUGUCUGAGACACCUACAUUCCCCAUCCCCCAGCCUCCCUAAAAGAUUGUACAUAACUUUGACUGAUAUGUGGAUAUGUAUAUAUGCUGUACGUAACAUGUUAAUGUGUAUUAGCCACUUAUUUAAAAAGUUAAAUAAAAAAUAUUAAGUAUGUUGCAUAUUAUAUACAUUGUUGGAUCAAGAAACUUAUAGUAGUGGAGGUUUGUAGUUUUUUAGUGGUGACUAGUUUCAAAGGUUUUUCCUCUUAUAUGCUGGUUAGAUGAAAAGCACUUAUUAUAUUCCUUAUCGAUUACUCUUAUGAUAGAAGAAGAUGAAGUGAAGCUUCCCACAAUACAGUCCAGUGAUGAAUGUGUUAUUAAAUGCUCAGCGACAGACUACAUUAAAGCCUCCGCAAUACAAGCUUGUUUAUGCAAAUGCAAACUUCCUGAAAGGAACUUAAGCAGUGAAUACAUAUUGAUAAAUGUGCAGAAUGGUCAUUUUCAUCUGUUGGAUGAACAUGUUUAACAUCACUCAGAAACGGUAUGAUCAUGUUUUGAGGUCUUGUUGAGCAUAAACCUGCAAUAAAUGUAAAUAACAGAAA